ACUGUUUUGCAGCCAAAAUUGUGAGGCACUAUGUGCGAUGACGAUGAAACCACUGCCCUUGUAUGUGACAACGGCUCUGGGCUUUGCAAAGCUGGGUUUGCAGGAGAUGAUGCCCCAAGAGCCGUAUUUCCAUCCAUCGUUGGACGUCCUCGCCAUCAGGGUGUUAUGGUUGGAAUGGGUCAAAAAGACAGCUAUGUAGGGGAUGAAGCACAAAGUAAAAGAGGAAUCCUGACGCUGAAGUAUCCCAUUGAGCAUGGAAUCAUCACAAACUGGGAUGACAUGGAAAAGAUUUGGCAUCAUUCUUUCUAUAACGAACUCCGAGUUGCGCCGGAGGAACACCCCAUCCUGCUGACCGAGGCUCCCUUGAAUCCCAAGGCCAACCGUGAAAAAAUGACUCAGAUUAUGUUUGAGACGUUCAACGUGCCAGCCAUGUACGUAGCAAUUCAGGCAGUGCUGUCUCUGUAUGCAUCUGGAAGAACGACUGGAAUAGUUUUGGAUUCCGGGGAUGGUGUCACACACAACGUGCCUAUCUAUGAGGGCUAUGCCUUGCCUCAUGCCAUCAUGAGACUUGAUCUGGCAGGCAGAGACCUGACUGACUAUCUCAUGAAAAUUCUUACGGAGAGAGGCUACUCUUUUGUCACCACUGCGGAACGGGAGAUUGUGAGAGAUGUCAAGGAGAAGCUUUGUUAUGUGGCUUUGGAUUUUGAAAAUGAAAUGGCAACUGCUGCUUCCUCCUCCUCUCUUGAAAAGAGCUAUGAGCUUCCUGACGGACAAGUCAUCACCAUUGGGAAUGAACGGUUCCGAUGCCCAGAAACUCUCUUCCAGCCAUCCUUCAUAGGGAUGGAAUCUGCAGGUAUCCACGAAGCCACUUACAACAGUAUUAUGAAAUGCGAUAUCGACAUCCGUAAGGAUCUCUAUGCUAAUAACGUCCUCUCUGGAGGAACCACGAUGUAUCCUGGGAUUGGCGAUCGUAUGCAGAAAGAGAUUACAGCUUUGGCUCCAAGCACUAUGAAGAUUAAGAUGAUUGCACCACCAGAACGUAAAUACUCUGUCUGGAUUGGGGGUUCAAUAUUGGCAUCUCUGUCCACUUUCCAGCAAAUGUGGAUCAGUAAAGAUGAAUAUGAGGAAGCUGGCCCCUCUAUUGUCCAUCGCAAGUGCUUUUGAAUACGUCCAUCAUGUACUGUCAGUGAUAAGUAGUGCUGUUUCUCUACACAUCACCUGCCCUCGCUCACCUCUGAGCGUGGUUUGGCUUUCUUCCACGUUUUAAAAAAAACACACUGCAUGGA